AUGACGACCCGGCCUCGCGUCGAGCCGCGCACGCCGUGGGACUGCGCCAUCUGCCUCGCCACGCCCGAGGAGGAGGUCCACCAGUGCCACCGCGGCCACUACUACUGCGCCGGCUGCCUCGCUGGGCUGCCGCAGCGCCGCUGCCCGCUCUGCCGCGUGGCGCUGCCCGAGGACCCGAUCCGUUCGCUGGCGGCGGAGCAGGCGAUCGCCGCGCUGCCCUCGCGGUGCGACCACUGCGCGCUCGAGCUCACCUUUGGCCAGCGCCGCUCGCACGAGCGGAGCUGCCCGCAGCGGCCGGCGGUGUGCGAGGCGGCCGACGACGGCUGCGGCUGGCGCGGCAUCCACGCGGACCUCGAGGCACACGAGGCGGGGUGUCGGCACGCGCUCUGCCGCCGCGUGCUGCGCGGCGCCGAGGCGCGCUGGGCGACCGAGCGGGACGCGCUGCGCAGCCACAUCGAGCGGGUCGAGGCGGCGAACAGAGCAGUCGAGGCGCGGUUGCGUCGGCUCGAGGAGCGCAGGGUGUCCGAGGAGGAGGCGCAGCGCAGCCGCACACGCGCCCUCUCCGAGCGCGUCCGCCGCCUCGAGCAGCAGGCGCGCCGGCUGCCCCUCACCUCACCCUGA